GUCGCUUCACUGAUCGAGGUUUCAUAGCCAUCCGGCGGCGCCUUUGCCUACAGUAGGAGGCCGAUGCUGACUACUCUCGCAGUGCGAUGAACUAGACGGCCCCGGCCGCGUGCGACCCGUCGGGCCCGCUUGUCUCGCGAGUCCCCUCAACACGCGACUUGCUUGCGCUUCAACCUGCGCUCGAGCCCCGACAAACUGCGCCAUCGACGACCUCCGCAUCUCAUAGCAUGGUCGCCCCGGGCCUGCUCCAAUGGAUGCGACUCCCUUCGACCCGUCUCACCCCGCCGCCAGCUUCUUCGAUAUAUACAAUGACGCGACCGCUCCGGCACGCGGCGCCAUGUCGCCUACGCUACCGUGCGGCGGGUGCAACUUCGUGGACCUGACGCCCGGUGCAAACGGCGCCAAAUGUGGGUGCCGCCGCUUCUGGGUGCGUCAGGCUCCUGGGAGUCCUAUUCUGGACCAGUCCGGCUGGUGCAUGUGCAACCACCAUGCCUGCUUCCACGACCAGGGCUUUCGCGACCGCGACGGACCACCCACCGAGGUCAUCAAUCCCAACCCCGGACAGGAGAAUGAAAGACCCAGGACCGGACGGGAGCCGUUGAGCCCGGUCAUGGGAAUAUCCCUUAAGACACCGCCUGCCGUGCCGGGCAUGGAGUUUUCCAGUUUUGGACCCGGACCCCUCUCCUUUAUUCACGACAUGCCUCAGGAGGACAGCCGGCAGACCGGAGGCCAGGUGACCCAGGCAAACCCUCCCGGAUCCAUGCCCGAUACCUUGGCCUGGGGCGAUGUUUUCCAGUCUCCCUCCCCAGCAACUGCCAAUGUGUUGCCGCCCAUCCCUUCUCAGUGUCUACUACCGUCGCAGACAGGCUCUACUACUUCGUCAUACCGAGCCAAGUACUUGCGGCCAUUUGCGGGCAAGGGACUGCAGACACUAAGUGGUGCCAUGGGAGCCAAGUCACGGGCUCCUGCUGAUCAGCCGAUGGAGCUCAUUCCCGUCGUCGAGGAGCACGCCCGCCAGGCAGAGACAUUUGAGCUUGUGGACCACGGCGACGAGGACGCCGCUGCGUCCCGGCCCGGGACAGCAACUCAAACGGAACCUCGGGCUGAAGCGGCAUCAGGAACUGUCAGAGAAGAAACGAUCCGGCAGCUGGCCGAUGCCGUUGGCGACCACGGAAAACGUCUUGACAAAUUGGAGACGGUUUCUUUCCACGAGGACUGGCACGAACGAUGGGAUAACAUGGACGUCCGAAUGACCGAACUGGAGACGAGAGUCGAGGAGGUUGAGACGUUGUCAAAUGACAAUGCCAGCGCGGUCCACGUUCGUCGCGGUCGUGAUGAGGAUGCCGCCACGCAAAGCAUGGUAUCAGUAUCAACCAGCACCACCAGCAAGACCGCAGCUCAUUCUCAGGACGUCAUGAGUCAAAUUCAGUCCCUUCAAGCCCAAGUCACGCAUCUCCAAUCCUACCUCCCGUCGCUCAACUACGCCUGGGAGGUUGAGGUUGUCUUCUUACCCUUCCCCUUGAAGAGGCUGUGGCAGUCUAUUCACCAAUUCAAACCUGAAUCUGCCACUCUUAGUAACGAAGAUUGGACACAGCUUCCCAUGACCCACAGUACCAUGACACGCCGCUCGCAAUCCCCCUUCCCCAAUGACUGGGCCGCCGCGGAACACGAUGUGGAAUGGCUACUGCCAAGGGCCUGCGGCAACACGAGCAUCGUCGACAAGCGACUGCGGAGCCGCGGUCUGAUCCAAAAGGUAGCUGUCAGAGCACCGGAUCAUAGAAGUGUUCAGGCUGCGAUUCAGUCGGCCUUCGACAACGUUUUCCGGGAGAUGCAGAUGCGUCCACGCAUGCACUCAAACGACCCCAGGUUCGUAAGAUUGCUCGGCCUACAGCAAAACUGGGUGCCCUUGCGCAAGAUCCAUAAAGACUCUCGCCUGCGCUUCCUGAGCCCGGCCGAGAUGAUGACUCCCGGCUUGUGGGAUGUGCAGUUCUUGAACUCGGUCAUGAUGAGGUCCUCGGAGCCGCGCUUAUUCAUUACCCAUCCCAACGCAUAUCUCCAGGAUAUCCAGGCUUAUGAGUCUGGCUGGACCUGGCAAAGAGUACGGGAACUAACUCGGCUUUAUACCGAUGUCACCGAGUCACAGGAGGUGCCCGAAGCGGAUGCAAUGGAGGAGCACUGGUCUUGGAGCGAGCAACUCGACGAGCCGCCGAGUGCGCAUACAUCCAUGAGCAUGCGACAGGAGCGCGUACGCGCGUCCAUGUCGCCUCUGGUGGUUCAUAGCCGCUCGUGGAGACGGUCCAUGAGCCCGGCUGUCGAGCGCGUUCAGUCUCCCAUGCCGAUGCUGCGCCGCGAGUCGUUGCCACCCCACAUUCGUACGACGUCUUUGCCGGUCGCUGCUCAGGCCCGCAGCUCUCCCGUCGACAAACGCCGCGUUUCGUCAUACGGCCAGACCCGGCGACCCACGCCAAGCAUCAGGGCGAUGUCGCAGGCUGGGGUGCUGAAGAGGCGUCGCACUCGCUCCCCAAGCCAUCACCGAUUUACACCAAGAUGGACUGCCUCGCCUAGCCCCAUACCGCAGGGGCUCAACGACCGACAGGUGGCCCGAGGCACGACGCCAUUCGCUUACGCGACGCCUCACAGCAAUGCGCCGCUGCAGGAGUUGCGACCCGUUCGGAGCAGCAGCGUAGCACGCACGGCCACGGAAUACCUCCCGGAAUAUGAAAACCCCCUUGUGCACAUUGACAUUUACGAGAGCGCGUCCGAUGAAUCAUACGUUGACGGCGACGAAGAAGAGGAGGAAGUGGAGAGCGUCACGAGCGAGGACAUUAUGACUCACGGUCAACCUCCAGGUGACUCACAGCAGUGGCACCUACCUGAGGAUGAGCCUUGGCCUGGCAUCGAGGACCGGAACCGGGAUCGCCCGUCGGAUGGAGAGAACAUUGACCCCGACGAACAGCUAGACGACGGCCAACGCAGCGAAGCCAGCAGCCAGCCCUCCGAGUACCCGAGCACGAGCCAGAACCAAGCGUGGCCCGAAGGGGACGAUGCGGGCUUCGACAUUCACGAGGACGACGAUUGAGCUGGCAUCUCACUUGCAAGGCUAACGAUGUUUCGCGAGACCCUGAGGUGGAUCGCGAAAUGGCUCGUUUGGCAAUGUUGUCUGCCACCAUUACAAUCUUUUGCUACAUCUCUUUCUCUUUCUGCCUCUUAUCCUUAUCGUAUACUUGGGAACAUUGAUCUUUACAGGAGCGGGCGUCUUUGGGAAGGAUAGUACUAGCAAGCGGCGAUUUCGGAGCUAUCGGGGACAUCUCUGCUUUAUUUAUUAUACGUUUUCAUAUACGUUGCGCGGGGAAAAGGAUAUGGCGCGCAGGGGAAUCUUUAGUGUUUUGCAAUGCAGCACGCGACGCUGGAUAUUUUCCGGACACUAGCAACGGGCCGUCAUCACAAGUUGUGCUGUCACGGGGGUCGUUGAAGCCGAAUGGAACCCCAGGGGGGAGGCGCGGGCUAUAAAGUGGUAACAGUUCGGGACGGGGAACGACGACAUCGAAAUACAUAGCUAUUUCGAGGAGAAGGUCGGGACACAGUUGGGACGGACGGAGUGUUCGGAGAGGCGGAGCGGCUGUACGAUGUGUACCACCAACAUCUACAAGACUACACUCCAAGAAAGAAAGAAGAGAAGACACCGCUUCUGAACGCACGUAUUAUAGCAUGCAUGCAUGCAUGCACACAUGCGUGAGUGCCUGUCUGUACGCACAAUGGGCAUACGUACGUACAUUGGUUCACGACGGACCUGUGUGGCUUCGUGAGGGGUGGAGAAAAAACACAGCCCGUAUAUUCAAAC